AUGCAGGAUCUGGUGACGAUGAUUAGUUUCAUCAUGCUAAACAUUCCAGCAUUUGGUGAUGCAUUAGCCUUAACAAAUAGUUCCAGAGGAUUCUUACCACACGACAGCCAUGACACCUACAACAACAUGACUGGUACCAGGCACAAUGAUUCUCAUGGCUCAGAUGGGCAUGAUGCAGAAGGACAUUCUCGACACGGAGGCCUACAUGUUGCAGCUAUAGCUUAUGCGGAAGUACGAGAUCCACUGAUAUUUACCAUUGUUGUACUACUGGCCGGCAUCAGCAAAAUUGGUUAUCACCAUGCCAACUUCCUGUCCAGCCAAAUUCCAGAAUCAUGCAUUCUGAUUAUCCUGGGCACUUGCUUUGGUGCAGUGAUUCAUUUUUCUGGUAUCUCCAAGAACUUGCCAGAGUUCUUCAAGCCCCAUGAGUUUUUCAUUUUUUUGCUGCCUCCAAUCAUCUUGGAGGCAGCCUUCAGUUUGCACGACAGAACUUUCACAGAAAACAUCGGUAGCAUCCUUCUGUUUGCAGUGUUGGGGACUGUUCUAGCCUGCAUGUUGUUAGGUGCUACUCUGUAUGGCCUAGCUACUGUGGGUGCGAUGGGACCGAUCACCAAUUUGGGUUUUCUGGAAAUCAUGAUUUUUUCCUCCCUUAUUGUGGCAGUUGACCCUGUUGCUGUUCUGGCAGUGUUCAAUGAGAUUGGUGUGAACCAUGUGUUGUACUUUCUGGUGUUUGGUGAAUCUCUGCUGAACGAUGGAGUGACUGUUGUUUUGUACAAAGUAUUUCAAGCUUACAACUCCAUGGAUGAAAUCACAAGUGUGCAUAUUGUGCUGGGAGUGGUCAAGUUCUUUGUGGUGUGCCUGGGUGGACUUUUGCUGGGAGUGUUGGCUGGCAUAGCUUCUGCAGUGCUCACCAAGUUUGCUACUCAUGUCAAAGUGGCCCAGCCAAUCAUCAUUUUCACAAUGGCAUACCUUGGUUUUCUGGUCGCUGAGCUGUUUGAAUUCUCUGGGAUUAUCAGUAUCGUUGGCUGCGGGCUAAUCCAGAUACAAUAUGCCUUCAACAACAUCAGUGAGAAAUCUCGCACUACCAUCAAAUACUUCACCAAGGUUAUCAGUUCAGCAAAUGAGAUAAUUAUUUUCUUGUUUCUGGGGUUAUCGUUGGUCAAUGAUGAUCAUGACUGGCAUACCGGCUUCACAAUCUGGACCAUAGUUUUAUGUCUGGUUUAUCGGUUUAUCAUCAUUUUUGCCAUGUCCUCGGCCAUCAACAUGUUUGAUCUCUACAGAGUGAGGAAGAUCAGCAUUCAUGAGCAGUUCAUGAUUUCUUAUGGUGGAAUCCGAGGGGCCGUAUGUUUUUCCCUGGUGGCUCUCCUGGACCCGCGAGACCUGCCCUGUAAAAACAUGUUCGUUACUACCACCCUGGCCGUCAUCAUGUUCACCGUGUUUAUACAGGGCAUCACUAUCAAGCCGCUAGUACAUCUGCUACGUAUUACCUUGGCUCCAGAGAAAGUGCAGUCCAUGUACCAGGAACUUAAUUUACAUGUCACUGAUCAUAUCAUGGCUGGAAUAGAGGACAUCAUUGGUGAUCAUGGGAGAAACCACUUGAGG